GUAUGUCGACCAUUCGAACGAGCACCCGGGUGCAAAGCAUGAACUGGUGGAUGCUACCUUCGUCAUGAUUUGCGUCUAUCUGCUCGUUUUUGGCGGUUCUACAGGAUUCGUGCUGCAACUCGUGGGACUUCCUUGGGGCACGCAAGUUCCGGAGGACGCCAGCCUGUACGGUGCAUCCGACCAGUCCGGGAUGUUCUACCACAUGGGCAACAAGUUCCGAGCGACGAUCCUCAGACCCCUCCUGGUGGGAAAGCAUCCGCACUGCGAGUCCGGCCUCGCGACACACAACGUCGCGACGGAGGUCAUUCGAACUGCCGUGGAACGGGAGAGCAGCACCUACUUCGGAGAUCGAAAGCGAAGCUCCAUGAUGGGCCUCGCACCCUCUGCUGUAGAGCGAUUUCAUUCCGUCUCGAUGUUCGGUUCGAUGGAUCCGGCGCAUGUGGAGGAGGUCGAGGAUGCGAUGUGCGAGUCCUCAAGUUCAAGCGACGCAG